UCAGUUUACAGUUGGAGCUUGGAAGAAAAUGGCGUCAGCUAAGUUUCUGGAGGAGGCUCUUAGCACGGAUGUCGAUGAAUCCGCAGUGAACGCGAUAGUGGGCUCCCUCGAGACGCAGCUUGUGACGUCCACGCCGACCGUUGUUGGCCAUCAGGCUAGUUCCGCGUCGGUUAGCCAGCAGAAUCACCAGGUGAACAGUGCUAUUUCCAACGGGGGCACCAUCACCGCGGUGCAGCCACAGAAACAUGGGGUUUCGAACGGUGGCGGUGCGACUACCGUGAAUAGUCUAAUGACUCAGGAGGUCACCAAGUCGAUCACCACCAGCACUUUGCUGCCCGUGAACGUGGUUACCUCCAACACAGUGGCGCCACAGGUUAUCACCACGCAGCAGCAGCAGCCACAGCCACAGCCACAGACACAGCCACAGCAGCAGCAACAACAACAGCAGCCGCCAGGGAUAUCUUCCGCUACAUAUAUUAAUCAAGUAACGACCAACCAGGUGUCCAGCAAUCAGACACAUAUACCAAGCUUGACCAAGACGCACGAAUCAGUGAAGCUUAUCUAUCCUACGGUCGGACAAGUGAUAGCUACUACGGGGGUGGUAAAUGCAAACAAUAAGCUCUCCUUUCCCGCUCAAACUGUUGGGCAGUUAGCAAACGGUACUUUAGGUAUAACGUCGCAGGCCGUGCUACAGACCACAUCGAACGUUACUAAUGUUGGCUCUGUCAGUCAGGCAGCCAGCCAAACAGUGACCACAGUGAAUAAGCCAACAGGAGCAGCUUUAGUGAUCAAGACUAGUGCAACCCCUGGUAUGGUUUCAGUUCCAAUGUCUGUUCCAGUCUCGGUGGCUGGCAAUGCGGUCAGUACAGCAUUACAGGCCAAGGGUGGGGUUACUUCAACGAUAGUACCCAGUAAUGUUCAAAUUCUCAAUGUAAAUACAAUACGUCCUGCUACGCCUGUAGCAGGACAGCAAGCUAAUAAACAAGUUACGCCAAGAGUAAUGAUUGGACAACAUCAAUUGGUUGGAGCAAGAGCUGGAGGUCCAGGGAUAACAUUGCAGACAAUUCACAGUCUUCAAGCUGGUGCACAAGGUCAUCUGUUAUUAAAAACAGAAAAUGGGCAGUAUCAGUUACUUAGGGUUGGUCCAGCUCCUGCAGGUACUCCCACUGGUACUGCAGUUACACCGAAUAGUAUAACUGGCAAUGCAGUUGUUGCUGCACCAUCUCCAGGCACUACAUACCGCCUAACUUCAGUGCCGACUGUAAGUAGGCUGAAUACUCAGUUCACUGGCCCACCAUUCGCCCUAAGAAAAUCUGUUCAGACUGUUGCUCCUACUGUUACUACAUCUACUUCGACCCCAGGAACAGUGACUACUGCACCCACAACUACUUCCGCACCAGCGGUUACCACUGUUCAAACAGCGCAAACAGCUACGCCGCGUCAAACUACCGAUAAUACCAAAGAAAAGUGCCGUAAAUUCUUAGCGAAUUUAUUAGAGUUAUCUAGUCGAGAGCCUAAAGCAGUGGAACGCAAUGUCCGAACUUUGAUACAAGAACUGAUUGAUACUAAAGUCGAGCCAGAAGAAUUUUGCGACAGACUCGAAAAAUUAUUGAAUGCUUCACCACAACCAUGUCUCAUCGGUUUUCUGAAAAAAAGUUUACCUCUUCUACGGCAAUCGCUUGUUACGAAGGAAUUAGUUAUAGAGGGAAUAAAGCCUCCUCCUGCCCACGUUGUUUUUUCUAUAGCGUCAGCUGUUGUUCCAACAACGCAAACUCAAUAUAGACCUGCAGUAGCAAUGGCAGCAACUGUUCCUGUAACAGCCGCUACUGCAGCUACUGCAACAACACAAGUGAGAGUAAUGACACCGCUUCCAACAGCAGCAACGGCGGCAGCAGCAGUAGUUACAACAACUGUUCCACGACCUGCUCAAUCUAUUCAACAGAGGCUGGUUCGACCAGUAACGACAGUGGUUCGGAGUCCUACCACAGCAUAUGCUGUGAAAUCGACAGUAGCAACAACUGGAAUUCGCCCCACUGCCCCUGUUGUGCAAAAACCACCUAUAGUCACAACCACAGUUGUAAAACCAAUUACUACUACGCAAGGCAAAACACUCAAUACAACCACUACUGUUAAUAAAGCCGUAGUGCCUUCUCUUGUUCAAAAGUCAGCUCCUAAGGAGAAAGAGAAAAAGACGUUUUCAUCAGCAGGAUAUACGGCGGAUGAUGAUAUAAAUGACGUAGCAGCUAUGGGUGGUGUUAAUCUUGCAGAGGAAUCUCAAAGAAUACUCGGUUCUACAGAAUUUGUUGGUACUCAAAUACGAUCCUGCAAAGAUGAAGUAUUUUUGCAUAUGACACCGUUACAACAAAGAAUUAAACAAAUUGCAUCCAGUCAUGGGCUGGAGGAACCCAACCAAGAAGUAGCAGCAUUAAUUUCGCACGCUGUUCAAGAGAGGUUAAAGAAUUUAGUAGAAAAGUUAGCAGUCAUCACAGAACAUAGGAUAGAUCUUAUAAAAGUUGAUCCUAGAUAUGAAGUAACACAAGAUGUAAGAGCGCAAUUAAAAUUUUUGGAAGAUUUAGAUAAAGUUGAACGUAGGAAACACGAAGAACAAGAACGAGAAUUACUUUUACGUGCUGCAAAGAGUCGUGCAAAAACAGAAGAUCCUGAGCAAGCGAAAUUAAAAGCCAAAGCCAAAGAGAUGCAACGCAUAGAAAUGGAAGCGUUAAGGACGAAGGAAGCAAAUUUAACAGCAUUGCAAGCAAUUGGUCCUCGUAAGAAACCUAAACUCGAUACGGCAGAAUCGACCAAUGGCACUCCCGGCACGAAUGCAUCAGUAAGCGGAUUAAAUAGGCAAAUGCCAAUGAGACCACGUUUGAAGAGAGUAAACUUCAGGGAUUUGGUAUUUCUUCUUGAACAAGAGAAAGAAACGUGUAGAAGCACAACAUUGUAUAAAUCGUACUUGAAGUGAUGCACUAUCAAGGGCAGGAACUUUAGUGAUCCGCCCGAAAUCUGGCGCUCUAUCUGCAUGGUCUUGUAUGAGCUGGCCUCGAUGGAUCGUGUAACGUUAUUUUACGUUGCAAUGUUUAGUAAGUUAUUGCAAAUUGCAUAUUACUGCAAUGAAACUUAUUGGGAAUUGGCUUGGGAUUUUGCGUACAUUCAAGGUAAAAUUGUUUCCAUCGUAUCGAUACUAAGCUUCCCUAUUGUAAAUGACUGAACAUUUUUUAACUGUAGUAUACGUUUUUUAAGUGUAACAUAAUAGGUCAUUCUUUAUUUUUCAACACAAAAUCGCUGUAAGGAGUAAUGUGUAUGAGCACAUGUCUCGUGAAUAGUCUAUAUAGUCAUUGCGCGCGCGCGCGUGUGUGCGUAGGAAAGAGGGGGGGGGGGAGAGAGAGAGAGAGAGAGAGAGAGAGAGAGAGAGAGAGAGAGAGAGAGAGAGAGAGAGAGAGAGAGAGAGAGAGAGAGAGAGAGAGAGAGGCGGUGUAAGUGCGUGUGGUAUGAUCAUAUAGAAUAUAGAUCAUAUAUUGUUAUAUGACUGCGUGAAUACAUUAAGUGAGUGUACAUUGUCACUACGUAUAGGCUCGCUGCAUUGUAAUACUUGACCUAUACUUUUGGACAUUGUAGCGCUAGUGUAAAAUAUAAGCAGGUUUUGUUAUAAUAGUAAAUCGUAUUUUUGCAAACUGUAAUGUAAUGUAAUAAUAAUAAUAAUAAUAAUAAUAAUAAUAAUAAUAAUAAUAAUAAUAAUAAUAAUAAUAAUAGUAAUAAUAGUAAUAAUAAUAAUAAUAUUACCGCGAGCACAUUGUCCAAAAAGUAUGGAAUAAUUUGUACAAUAUCUUACACAUAAUUACUAAAUAGUGAUAAUUUCAAUGUUGGUACAACAGAAUAUAGCUACUCUCCACCGGAAGUUGGAAUUGUUAUCAGUAUAUUAUGUUGUAUAUUGCAAUCAACAUUUUCAGUGUUUAUAAAAAAAAUUAGCUGUUACGUUUUUUAUUAAAGAAAUAUUUACAAAACUAA